CCGCUAUACUGCUCUAGAGCCAGGGCUUCUUUUCACGGCAGCGCUCUAUUCGUUAAGCCGUAAUAGCAGAAAAGAUCGCAACGACAAUAUAAGCGUGGAUAGAGCCACUUGGAUGGGCUCUCUGUGUCCACGAUGAUGCGACCUUUGUUGGCUGCAAUCCCUCUCAUUCAGUUUCCUAACGCCUCGUGCGCCUUUCAGGCUCUCUUUCACGGACCUCAAAGUUUGUCGAUCGAUUAUCCUAGCUCCCGCAGUAAUUUCGGGAGAGAUGAAGCACGCCAUAUUGCAGCAGCAAGCAGGUUGCACAUAAAAAGGGCCCAUAAUUCAUGGCUGAACCCCGCUUACCGAGGCUUCGUCCAAUUCUGCCCACCAAGCAUGUCGAAAACCAACGCCGAGAUUACACCGCACGCAUCCGACAAUGGAUUCAUGAAUAUCCCUGCUGAGAAAAAUGACACAGCCUACACUGCAUCAUCAGAGACAACCGUUGAUGUACCAACAAAUACAGAGCCAGCGAUUACUUUCGACUCGCUUGCCCCCUCCAACGAGUUUGAAGACAACACGAACUUACCAAAGAUGAGCUUCCUCCAGAUCUUCGUCUUCUUCUUCUUGGAGUUCGGACUCAUGGCCUGGGGCGGCUCAGUGGCGCAAAUCGCAAGGAUUAAGGAUAGACUGGUCAUCAAGAGGCGCUGGAUUACCAUUGCACGCUUCAAUCGAGUCUACGCAGUUUAUCAGAUGCUUCCAGGACCUGAGGCUGCUGAGAUCUGCAUGUUCUUUGGAUGUCUCGUCGGUGGGCGCCUUGGAGGUAUCGCUGCUGGAUUGGGAUUCAUCAUUCCAGGAUUCUUGGCCAUGGUCCUUCUGAGUUACCUCUACACCAUCGCCGGUUUGGAAAACGCCUACUUCAACGCUUCUUUCCGCGCGCUCCAACCCGUCGUCGCCGCUAUGGUCCUUGUGGCUGUGUUCAGGAUCGGCGAACAUGUGUUUGUCUCCAACAACACCCAAAAGCUCAACCGCGUCCUCUUCUUCCUUGCUAUUUUGGGUGCCCUCCAGUCGGCUCUGCGAAUCAACUACUUUAUCACCCUUGGUGUCUUUGGGAUCUUUUACAGUUUUUGGGCGCGCGGCUGGAGAUGGGCUGCAGGAGUCAUCAUGCUGUUGAACUACGUCGGAUACGCGAUCUAUGUUGUCUUCAAGGGAGUGCCUUCACCUUCCGCUCUUGCACUGGGUGUUGCCGCAGUACCGGACCUGCCCCAUCUUCUCGCACUCGGUCUUGUUGCCGGGAGUCUCUCAUUUGGAGGAGCCUAUACUGCCAUUCCGUUCGUUCAAGCCGAGGCUGUUGUCCUGGGAGGUUGGCUCGCGAAGCAGACGUUCCUGGACGGAAUCGCUCUUGGAAACAUUAUCCCAGCUCCUAUCGUCAUCUUUGCUACAUUUGUUGGCUUCCAAGGAGGCAACACGUACGGAGGAUUGGGCUAUGCCUUCUCUGGAAGUGUCCUCAUGACCCUCGGCAUGUUCAUUCCUUGUUUCCUGUUCACCAUUGCGGGCCACUCUCUGCUGGAGCGCAUUUGCAGGAACGAGACAAUGGCUACGUUCUUUGACGGCAUUACGGCUUCCGUUGUUGGAAUUAUCGCCAUUACGGCGCUGGACGUGCUUAAGGCCUCGGUGAUUCAUCUGCCCAAGCCUGGCGUGGUGCUAGAUUCUGCAGAGCUGAUUACCCUGGCGGCACACAAUACAAUUUCGGCCAUUAUCUUUAUCCUCGCUUUCUUUGUGUUGAAUAGUGUGCGACAUCAGUACUUGAGUAUCUUGCUAAUUGUGGUCGCAGCCAUUGCGGGCCAGUUUCUAUUUAUUGAUCUCUAAUUCAAGUCGCUAUAGUAUUUUAUCCUCGUGUAAUAAAAGCAUAGAUCAAUGUUAU